AUGAACUCAUUCAUAAUCUGUGAUGUCCAGAUCUUCACCGGAGAAGACACCAUCCCAAAUGGCUUCAUCCACGUCUCCUCCGGGAAAAUCAAAGCCAUAGGUCCCACAUCCAACAUCCCCCAGCUCUCGAUCCAAACAUACUCAAAGCCAGGACACACUCUGCUCCCAGGCCUCAUCGACUGCCACAUCCACGCCGACAUGGGCAACCCCGUCGCCCUCCCCCAAGCUCUCCGCUUCGGCGUCACCACCGUCUGCGAGAUGCAAAACGAGCUAGUCAACGUGCAGAAACUCAAAAAGCAAGCUCUAGAACCGGACACCGCGUCCUACAAGACUGCAGGGCAGGCCGCGACCAUUGAGAACGGAUGGCCUAUCCCUGUUAUCACGGCACAUGAUAAGAGCGAGGAGACGCUGGCGGAGAUAGCAAAGUGGCCGAAGCUGUCGAAUAGGGAGAACGUGGUUGAGUAUCUUGAGUGGACGGGUAGGGAGAUGCAGCCUGAUUACAUUAAGUUGAUGCAUGAGUCAGGGACGAGCAUGGGGAUGCCGUUGACGAAGCCGAGUGUUGAGCUUCAACGCAUUAUCGUCGAGGAGGCGAGCAAGAGAGGCUAUUUGACUGUAGCGCAUGCCACGAGCUUGAACGAUACGCUGGAAGUGCUGGAAGCGGGUGUCAAUGGGUUGACGCAUACUAUGUGCGACCAGCCGCCGACGCAGGAGCUUGUCGAUGCAUAUAAGAAGAGCAACGCUUGGCUUAACCCAACGCUUGCGACGGUGGGGAGUCUCACGGGAGAGGGCAGAGAACUGCAAGAUAGAUUUGCACAUGAUCCGAGGGUGAAGGGUCUGAUUGGCGAGAGCGAGAUGACCAACUUGUGCAAUUGCAUGGGUUUUGCGGCACAACACGGUAAAGUGGAGUAUGCUUAUGAGAGCGUCCGCAUGUUGAGAGGUGCGGGUGUAGAUAUUCUCUGCGGCAGCGACGCAGCCGGUCCAGCUGUGGGCACGGCUUUUGGUCUCUCGAUGCAUCAAGAACUCUACCUCUUUGUUAACAAGGUCGGCAUGACACCUAAAGAAGCCCUCCGAUCCGCGACAAGUUUGGUUGCGAAGCGCUUCCAAUUCGAUGAUCGUGGAAGGCUGGAAGAAGGACUGAAUGCUGAUCUGCUACUGGUGGAAGGUGAUCCACUGAAAGAUAUUGAUGCAACAUUGAAUAUUAGGGGUGUAUGGCGCGAGGGUCGGCCGUGCAGCGCACAUGCAUCGAAAUUAGAUUAG